AUGCAGUGUGUGGAUAAGAUAUGUUCAGAAUAUAAAGUGGUGUUGGCCAGUACUUCACCUAGACGAUAUGAGAUCAUGCACGAUAAUAUGGGAUUCAAAGACCUUCUUGUCAUACCGCCUACAUUUGAAGAAAAUUUGGAUAAGUCGCAGUAUGCUGAUAAUCCAAUACAAUAUGUGGUGGAUACUUCAUAUGGUAAAGCCCAAUGCAUGUUGAGUGAAUUGCAAGAUGUGAAAGAAAAGAGAUUAGUGGUCUGUGCGGAUACUGUUGUUCUUGAUUGGGAUAAUAUCAUAUAUGAGAAACCAGGAAAUAAGGAAAGACAAUUGGCCAAUUUAAAAAGGUUUUGUUAUGGGUCCCAAAAGCCAUUGAGAGUCGUCACUGCUGUGACGAUAAUCAAAUGGGAUCCGAAUGCGAUUGAUGAUGGUAAUAAAUCAAUGAAACAUCAAAUACAUCAAUUCCAUGAAACAUCUGAAGUGUACUUUGAUUCAACUGUGCCAGAACAGGUCAUCCAAGAUUAUGUUUAUAGCGAGGACGGGUUACAAGUUGCAGGUGGAUUUAAGGUUCAAGGUUACUCGGGUAUUCUAAUCGAUCGAAUUGAGGGUGAUUAUUUCAAUAUUGUUGGUCUACCAUUGAAUCGUACUUUUAAGGAAUUAUUAUCAUAUGUUUAA